UUCCAUCAUUCCCUUGACUUGCUCAGCAGCAAGCUUCUCUCAUUAGCUCGUUGUUGGUCAACCGUAACGGAUUAUUUUUGUUCCGCGGCCAAGGGUCCAGGUCCCAGUGAAGUAAAGUGUCUCGCGCGAUAUGGCCCACCUACACCUGCAGCUGCUGGCGGCACGUUUCAACGACCUCGCGGACCACUAUCUGCGUCGGGUCGGAUGGGUGGCGGAACCGGCCGUGGCCAGCUUGCAGGCCCUGCAACGCUCCAUCGACGGCAUCGGGGGUGGGCUGCGGUGCUUCCGGAGCCUUCGCGUCAUGCUGUUUGACGAUGUGGCGAUGGCCAAGGAAAUCCUGCACUUUGACCGGCCCGUCGUGUGCUGCAAGAGAGUUCUUCGCUGCACGGAAACGCUGAUCGCGCACUUGAUGGGCGAUUGCCAUGCUGAUGGAGCGUUGGAAGACGAAACCAAACGGACGGCAAUUUUGUUCAACCUGUACGUGCAAGCUGUUGGCCAUGUUCUGGUGCGUUAUUGCAAGACUUUCGACAAGGUUGACCAGUUUACGCUGGAUUAUCUGCGCAAGGGUCGAGACUAUUUGAGCUGCAUCCUGCGCAAGCCAAUCCGGGGGGAUCCGACUGCAUCCGAAACCUACAUCCGGACCAACUUCUGGAAGUGGAAGUACGUCUUCGAUUACACCUGUGGCCACUGCUGCUUCGAAGGCCACGAAGAGUGCGAGUUUGCGGGUGCUAUCGCAUGGUUUAAAAUCUUUGCCAACUCGCUGAAGAUCAACCCGAUCCGUCACUUGGAAAGUAAGAUGCAUGUCGAAACAAUUCGCACUCUGCAACCGGAUCAGUUCGUUCCGACGAAGGAAGAGAUCAACAACAACCAAAACUGGAAGCAUCCGAAGGCGGCGGCCUUUUUGCAUCACGUUCGUGAGGUUGAUCUGCACAAGUUGGAAGAAACCGGGGCGAAGCUGGCGCGCAAUACCCCGACCAAGCAGAUCACGACAUUCCUGACGAACCACCUGUCUUUGCCUUUGGGUGGAGUCAAGAUGGAAAUCUUCGGUUCGCGCGUGAUGGGCCUCGCCGAGCCGGGUUCGGAUGUAGACAUCCACAUCACAUCACUCGCCGGCCUCAAGGAAGAGCAAGCUCACGCCGUGACGCUCGAUUGGGCCAAGCAUUGCUCCGAGCUGACCUUCAUCAGCAUGAUUCCCGCUGCCCCCUGGCUCGUACGUGCCCAUCACAAGUCACUCGACCUGGAACUGGACCUCUCGUUCGGUAGCUCGUACGUCGUCGCCAAUGCCAAACUCGUCAAGUAUCUCUUCGGGCUGCAAUCGACCGCCCGCCCAAUGUACUUCCUGCUGAAGAAGUGGAAACAGCAAACCGAACUGUCCCAGAACUUCCACACCCACGUCCUCGUCAUGCUGCUCGUGUUCUACAUGCAACGCGAAAAGUAUCUUCCAACCAUCCGGUCGAUCAUCAAAGGACCCCAAAAGCUCAAGAACGGGUCCUUCAACACCAGCUUCCGCACCAACUUCCAAGCCACCAUCUUCCCCGGUCACCUGCCGAUGCUGGCCAGAGGCUUUUUCGAGUUUUACAAGAGCUUCGACUGGACGGCCAACGGAACGUGCGCCUUUGACGGCGAAGUCAAACCCAAAACGGCGUUCCAGAUUGCGGGCGGCCGCAAGUCGGUGCCCCCGAUGAUGUGCAGCGACUAUUUCGACCAGAGCCGCAACGUGGCCGCCAACAUUGCCCGGCCGGACUACGAGAAGUUUGUGACGGCUUGCGGCGAGGCCAGCGAAAUCCUCGAGGUACGUCGCAGCUUGUAUUGAAUUAUUACUUAUCCUUUCGAUACUUAUGUUCUGAAAUGUAACAUAAUAAAUGAACUCAACUUAA